AUGGCAGCCCCAGGAGGCUCUUGCAUAGAUCAAAAGAUGAGUCAUCGCGUAUCAGACAUAGAUCAGCAUGUAGAGAAUUUGAUGAAGAAAAUUUCAAGUGGAUCAUUAACAACGAAAAAGGGUGUUAGUUUUUUAGAACUGAAAUUUCAUCUGCUUUUAAGCUAUGUUAUUGAUCUCACAUACUACCUGCUAACAAAAACUGAUGGAAAACCAUGGCAGGAAGACCCGGCUGCCGAAAGAUUAGUAGAAGUUCGCACUGUUUUGGAGAAACUGAGACCCAUUGACCAGAAAAUGAAGUAUCAGAUUGAUAAAAUGAUUAAGACUGCCACAACAGGGAUGACAUCAGGUGCUGAAAUUGAUCCCCUAAGGUUUAAACCAAAUCCUGAAAACAUGGUAUCAAAGGUGGGUUGCUUGCUGGUUUAUUUUGAAAUCACAGAUUAUGAAUACGGUGAUGCACCCCAAGAGAUUCGGGAUGAAACUUUGUCACGCUGGAGAAAACAGAAGGAAAAAGAAGAAGAGGAAGAACGAACACGAUAUGAAGAGGAAAAUCUGCUUCGACUUCCUGCUAAGAAGAAGAAAAGGAUAUCUGAGCGUGCUCAGUCAGGCAUGGAUGAACUGACGUCAUUCGCUGACUUGUCUGUGCUAAAUGCUGGAGAAGAUGACAGGAAUGGUGAAUACUCUACAAAAUCUAGUUCAAGCAGUAAGAAAUCAAAAUCGAAGUGGAAGAAGAAGUUUGGAAGCGCGAAAAAGAAGAAAGGUAAAUAAUCAUGAAAUAUACAUUUAAUUCUUGGCCGGACUUUUCCUUUGGCAAGACAAACAAUUGAAGGUUUCCACGUGCCAAGGGCAUGUUUGCUGUUUGUACUCG